AUGGAGGCCAGUGACAUGGAGCUGUUGAAAAAACUGAAGGAAUUCCAGGUCAGCACGCGAGAUGUCAAGUGUCUCAGGAUUUUACUUCAUGGCCCAAUUGGAGCAGGAAAGUCCAGCUUGAUCAACUCUCUCAACAAUGUCCUUCAAAACCGCAACGCAUGUGUUGCACUUGUAGAUACAGCUGCUGGUAAAAGUUACAGUUUCACUACCCAGUUCAGAUAUCAUAGCCUGAAGAAAGAUAGACCAGGAACUUUCUAUCCAUUUGCCUUGGCAGACAUCAUGGGCCUGGAGCCAGGGCAAUCAAAGGGUGCUCACACAGAUGACAUAAUCAGCAUUUUACAUGGACACAUAAAAAGUGGCUACACAUGCAAUCCUGCUAGUCCAAUUGACAAAAAACAUGAAAACUACAACCACUUACCCAGCCUGAAAGACAGAGUUCACUGUCUGGUCAGUGUUCUCCCAGCAGACAACAUGUCCCUCAUCUCUGAAGAGGUGAUUCAGAAGAUGAAGCAAGUUCGGGUAAAAGCGCGUGACUUAGGAAUUCCCCAAGUUGUCAUCAUGACCAUGGUGGACAAAGCAUGUCCACUAACUAAAGCAAACCUGAAAAAAAUCUACACCAGUAAGAAAAUCAAAGAGAAGAUGCAGGAGUGCAGUAACAGGCUGGGGGUCCCAAUGAACUGCAUCUUCCCUGUGAAGAACUACAGCGAGGAGGUUACCAAUGACAUGGAAAUGGAUAUUUUGAUUCUGAUGGCAGCAACAAAUAUCAUCAUGUUUGCCAACGACUAUGUAGAGCAAGAGUUUUAUGCAAAAUAA